AUUCGAGAUUUUUCUUUUAGAAUAUAAACAGCCAUUUUGUGCUCACGAACGUUGCGUCGUGAAGUUGUGUUUGAGAAAGACUAUCAUAUAUCCUAAAUUAAAGACACAAUGGCAGAAGGAACAAAUGAUGAUUUAGCGACAGCUAUCCUAAAGAAGAAAGAUCGCCCCAACAGAUUACUGGUUGAGGAAGCCAUCAAUGAGGACAACUCGGUCGUUUCACUCUCUCAGGCUAAGAUGGAUGAGCUACAGUUGUUUCGUGGAGACACAGUUUUGUUGAAGGGGAAGCGGAGAAAGGACACAGUUUGUAUAGUCCUGUCUGACGACACAGUCAGUGACGACAAAAUCCGAAUUAACAGAUGUGUCCGUAACAAUCUCCGCGUCCGUCUGGGAGACGUGGUCAGUAUUCAGGCCUGUCCUGAUGUGAAGUACGGGAAAAGGAUCCAUGUCCUGCCAAUUGAUGACACAGUGGAGGGACUCACAGGCAAUUUAUUUGAGGUGUACUUGAAGCCCUACUUUCUGGAAGCCUAUAGACCAAUCAGAAAAGGCGACAUAUUCUUGGUCCGAGGGGGAAUGAGAGGAGUGGAGUUCAAGGUCAUUGAGACCGACCCUAAUCCCUACUGUAUCGUGGCACCAGACACCGUCAUACACUGUGAAGGGGAACCAGUCAAAAGAGAGGAGGAAGAGGAAGCUCUGAAUGAGGUCGGAUACGAUGACAUCGGAGGCUGCCGUAAACAACUGGCUCAAAUCAAAGAAAUGGUGGAACUACCCCUCAGGCAUCCACAGCUCUUCAAGGCCAUCGGGGUCAAGCCUCCACGUGGUAUUUUGCUUUACGGACCCCCGGGUACAGGGAAGACUUUGAUUGCCCGAGCUGUAGCCAAUGAAACAGGAGCAUUUUUCUUUCUUAUCAAUGGUCCUGAGAUUAUGAGUAAGUUGGCAGGAGAAUCUGAGAGUAAUUUGAGGAAGGCAUUUGAAGAAGCUGAGAAGAAUUCUCCCGCCAUCAUUUUCAUUGAUGAAUUGGAUGCUAUAGCCCCCAAACGUGAAAAGACACAUGGAGAGGUGGAGAGAAGAAUUGUAUCACAGCUGUUAACAUUGAUGGAUGGGCUUAAACAGAGAGCACAUGUCAUCGUCAUGGCCGCCACAAACAGACCCAACAGCGUGGAUGGAGCGCUUAGACGAUUUGGUCGAUUUGAUAGAGAAGUUGACAUUGGAAUUCCUGAUGCCACUGGGCGUUUGGAAAUCUUGAGAAUUCACACAAAGAACAUGAAGCUUGCAGAAGAUGUAGAUUUGGAACAGGUUGCCCAGGAAACACAUGGUCACGUGGGAGCUGAUUUGGCCGCGCUGUGUUCUGAGGCUGCCCUACAACAGAUCCGAGAGAAGAUGGACCUGAUUGACUUGGAGGAUGAACACAUUGACGCUGAAGUCCUGGACAGUCUGGCCGUCACCAUGGAGGACUUCAGGUGGGCCCUGAGUAAGAGUAACCCCAGCGCUUUACGUGAGACCUGUGUGGAGGUUCCCUCGGUUACCUGGGAUGACAUCGGAGGUCUGGAGAACGUCAAGAAAGAGCUGCAGGAACUGGUCCAGUACCCAGUAGAGCACCCAGAGAAAUUCUUGAAGUUUGGAAUGACUCCUUCUAAAGGCGUCCUGUUUUACGGCCCACCUGGAUGUGGUAAAACUCUGCUGGCCAAAGCCAUCGCUAACGAAUGCCAGGCCAACUUUAUCUCCAUCAAAGGUCCAGAGCUGCUGACCAUGUGGUUCGGAGAGUCCGAGGCCAAUGUCCGAGACAUCUUUGACAAGGCGCGAUCUGCUGCCCCCUGUGUGUUGUUCUUUGAUGAGUUGGACUCCAUAGCUAAAGCCAGAGGAGGAAACGCUGGUGAUGGAGGUAAGGGAGGCUACUCAGAAGUACAGAAAAAUUCUGUGGAGCUGCAGCCAAUUGAUCAACCAAACUUGGCACAAAUUAUCCUUGGACCUGACAUUAUUGAUCCUGCCAUCUUACGACCUGGUCGUCUGGAUCAGUUGAUCUACAUUCCCCUGCCAGAUGAUAAAUCCAGAAUCGCCAUCCUCAAAGCCAACCUCAGAAAGUCACCAGUAGCUAAGGAUGUAGACCUGGAUUACCUAGCCAAGGUGACACAUGGCUUCAGUGGAGCUGAUCUCACCGAGAUUUGUCAGAGGGCUUGUAAACUGGCCAUCAGGCAGUCAAUAGAGGCAGAAAUCAGAAUGGAGAGAGAAAGGGACAGAGAUCCCAACGCAGAUAUGGAAAUUGAGGACUUUGACCCCGUUCCAGAAAUAACCAGGGCACAUUUUGAGGAGUCAAUGAAGUUUGCCCGUAGGUCUGUCAGUGACAAUGAUAUCAGGAAAUACGAGAUGUUCGCUCAAACACUACAGCAGAGUCGAGGAUUUGGAGGAAACUUCAGGUUUCCAGGACAACAGAGUGGCAGUAACCCCCCAAAUCAAGGUCAGGGCGGGAACUUUAAUGAUGAUGGAGAUGACGAUUUAUACAGUUAAUUGUGAUAAACAUCUCUUAUCUGAAAACAUACAGACAGUGAUAGUAAUAUUUAUAAUGUUUUGUUUUCAUUUUAUUUCAUUUAUCAUUUUUGAGUCGUGCAAACAUAAGACUGUUGUCAUAUGAAUUUUUUGUGGGACAAAGCUUUUUUCGCAUUCAGUCAUCAUUAAUGCCACAGAAUAUAAGAUUAUCACAACACAGUACGUGUACCAGCAUGACUAGCUCUGUGUACGAUGUGUAUUAAAUCAGAAACCAGUA